GUCCUCAUCAGCUCUGCUGAAACUCUGCAAUUCUCUUUUUUCCAGCCACAUAAUGUCUUCCAAUGCAUCUCUGUCCACCAAGGACAAUGAUGACAUCAUCAUUAGCAAGAUCAACUUUGUCCUCUACACAGUGACCGUUGUGCUCGGCCUCACAGGAAACGCUGUGGUGAUCUGGAUGGCUGGAAUCAAACUUAAGCCAGCAGUCAACAAUGUGUGGCUGGUGAAUCUGGCAAUAGCAGAUCUGAUUUUCUGUUUCACACGAAUCUUCUCCAUCAUCCAGAUGAAGUUAGGACGGUGGCCUUUUGGUCUCUUUCUCUGCCAGUUUCAUGGUUUCUUCAAACACACCAACAUGUUCUGCUCUGUCUUCCUGCUGGCUGUGAUCAGUCUGGAUCGAGUGCUUUGUGUCCGUCAGCCCAUCCUCACGAAGCGUCGACGCACCCUGUUCGCAGCGAGGGUGGUGGCAGUCUGUGUCUGGAUUAUAGCGCUCCUCUUCAGCAUUCCCUACUUCACCUUCCGCAAAACCUACAUGGACAACAAGAACCAAACUAAGUGUAAAAUGGUGUGGGUGGAGAAGCCAAAGGAAAACAAAAACACCAAAGUUGCUCUCUACUCCAUGCAAUUCAUAUUCAGCUUCAUAUUUCCCUUUAUGGUCAUUCUCAUCUGUUACAUCCUGGUUGGCCUGGGCCUCCGACGCACUCGCCUGUCAGGGAAAUCUCGGCCCCUUCGUAUAUUAGUAUGUUUGGUCAUUGCCUUCUUCCUGUGCUGGGCACCUUAUCAGUGCCUUCUAUUAGUAGACAUUGUGUAUAAUGAAAACAAAGUGGUGAAAAAGUGGUACUCUAUAACAAAGAGCAUUGCUUACUUUAACAGCUGCGUGAACCCGUUGUUAUAUUUCUGUAUGGGACUAAAAGUCAAGGAGGGGUUUAGACAGAAACUCAUGAGAGUUUAUAACAGGGCUCUGGGAGAUGAUAUGGAUGGCCAGAUGGCUCAGUCAACUGAUCCCUCUUUGGAUUAA